AUGCUCCUGCUCAUCAACCGCAACACUGGACAAGCCUACUUCUUUGAGCCCAACGGCGACGUGUUGAUGGAACACUACAGGAAACUCUACGCGCUCAUCACACUGCCCAACACCUACCAUGCUCUUGUCACAUACAGCGGUCCGAAGCCAUCAGAGUGGUGUACAACCACCUUCAUAAGGGACACCAUUGAUGGGUUCAGGCCACAGGCCAUGCAGGGGCCAAAGGAAACCCUGCUCAGGCACAACAAUGGCACUUGCUUGGCCUGGACGACGCUCUUCUACCACCUCUUCAUACUUCACCCCAAGCUCAGCCCCAACGAACUUCUGGAGCGCAUGCUGGCGCCGAAACAGCGGAUGCACUUGGGCACCAUUGUCGCUCGCUACUCGAUGUACAUGAUCGACCAACUCGAUGACAUGCUCUCCGACAGCAACGGUGAAGACCUGGACGUGGCCAAGAUCGAGCGAUUGCGCAAAAAGGCCAAGGCCAACCUCGAGGAAUUGACGCAAAAGUGCAACGAGUUGCUGCUCAAACAGCGCCAGAUAGCCAAGAAGCAGGUGUGCGUGGGUGUAGAAAAGGCCAGCAAGUAUUUGCUGAACGAGUGUGUAUAA